UCAAAACAUCUUGGUGUACAAACGCUUGAAAAUGGCGGCGAACGUCAAACAACAACUUGCACAACUUGCAAAUUUGUCUCAUUCAAAGGAUGUCAUUGAAAAAUACAAAGCAAUACUUGAUGGAAUCUUUAAAGCAAAAGGCAGUGCAGACUUCAUACAGCAGCUUCAGAUAUUUGUGGAAGCUUUGUUGAAUGAAGUUGUAAGCCUCGUGAUAUCCAGACAGUUACUGAGUGACUUCUGUGUACAUUUACUGCAACUUGAAGAUGGUAUUGCCAAACAGGUUGCACACUUCACACUGGAGAAGGUUCAAGCAAGAGUCAUCUCAUUUGAAGAGCAGGUAGCUGCAAUCAGACAACACCUGGCAGAUAUAUACGAGAGGGAAGGUUCCUGGAAGGAAGCAGCUAAUAUACUUGUAGGAAUCCCAUUGGAAACUGGACAAAAGCAAUAUACCACAGAUUAUAAACUAGAGACCUACUUGAAGAUUGCUCGCUUAUAUUUAGAGGAUUCAGACCCAGUUCAAGCAGAGGCUUACAUUAACCGUGCAUCAUUGUUACAGACAGACUCACAGAACCAUGAACUACAGAUACAUUAUAAGGCAUGCUAUGCAAGAGUCCUAGAUUUCCGUAGAAAGUUUAUUGAGGCCGCGGUGAGGUACAAUGAGUUGUCAUAUAAAAGUAUUAUUGCAGAGGAGGAGAGGAUUACGGCAUUGAAAAAUGCUCUCAUCUGUACCGUUCUAGCUUCAGCAGGACAACAAAGGUCUAGAAUGCUGGCCACUCUGUUUAAAGAUGAAAGGUGUCAGAAAUUACCAGCAUACAAUAUCCUAGAGAAAAUGUAUUUGGAUAGAAUCAUACGCAGUAGUGAGCUGGAGGAAUUUGCUGCUUUGUUACAGCCACAUCAGAAAGCAGUCACAUCUGAUGGAUCAACAAUAUUAGCUAGAGCAGUGAUAGAACAUAACUUAUUGUCUGCCAGUAAACUGUAUAACAAUAUUUCAUUUCCUGAACUUGGUUCUCUGCUAGAAAUACCACCUGCUAAAGCAGAGAAAAUAGCUUCCCAGAUGAUCACUGAAGGAAGAAUGAAUGGUUACAUAGAUCAGAUUGAUUCCAUAGUACACUUUGAAUCUCGGGAAACAUUGCCGACCUGGGACAAACAGAUACAGAGCUUGUGUUUCCAAGUGAACAACAUUAUUGAAAAAAUAACUGUUACACAACCUGAUUGGUUGUUAAGAACAAUGGAAGCUCAAAUGAACCAAUGAAGAGCUUGUUUAUAGAUGCGUAGAUUUUGAUGUUGAAACAUAGGAAAUGCACACAGAAAAUCAACUGAAAGUACAACUGAUUGAUUCUUUCUGUAUUUCAAAAGUUAUCAAAGUAUGGUGAACUUAUGAAGAAAUUUAUCUGAGGAUGAAUACACAUGCUGGAAGGAUUAUAUCAGCCAUACAGUGAUGCCAUACCAAUCAUACAGUGAAAUCUGUCAUUACAGUGAUACAGAAUAUAGCAGUCAUACUGUGAUGAAAGUGCUAUAAAGCAAAAAGUGCAAAAUCUACACAUGUUUCCAUCAAGUGAAAGGAAAAUUUCUUUUCUUGUUUUGCAUAAAUAGUACUGUCUUGUAUUGUACUGUAAAUUGUUAAAAUAAAUGUCAAACAGUCUUAAA